CACGAACGCAACAGUUGCGUUUAGAGGAGCACAAAACAAAGAAGUAUCAGCAAACGGGGAAGCGUUCACCUGGCAACAGUCUGAGCCAAAUAUUUGAGCCACCGGGCCCAGUUUUCACAGUUGUCUCCUCUUAAUGAUAACGUUACUUAGACGCUGACAUGUAAGCUAUGACUGCUUUAAGGUUGGAGCUAGAUAACAAUAACGACAUACUGCUUCACGGGCGACCUAGCGAGACAACGUUGCUAUUGCUGUUAACAGCUGUGAGCUAACGCUAGCCUACAACAUUUCCACAGGCGAUACGUUAGCUAACUUACUGCAAGGUUGCAAGUGUCCGAACAGAGAGCCUCCGACUGUCUACUCGUUUCCUUUGGAUCUUAUAUUAGGUCUCAACCAGGACUAUGGAAACGAUUAAGACCGAGCCUGUGGAUUUUGUGAAGGAAUUCCAAGAAUACCUGACCCAGCAGACCCAGCAUGUCAACAUGAUCUCAGGCUCUGUUAGUGGAGAAAGGGACCAAGGGGAGCCGUUUCUAGCCGUUGCCCCCAGGAGUGAGCAGAAUGGUCUGGACCCUCCGUCUUUGGAGGUAAGCCUGCCAAUGGAGGAUGGUCCAGAUGUGCAGAUGGACGGCCUGGAGAGGACCUGCGAUGGAAAGUACAAGUGCAGCUACUGCAGCUACGCCAACAAGGGCAUGUCUCGUUUGAUAGAGCACAUCCGCAUCCACACAGGAGAAAAGCCUCAUCGUUGCCAGCUGUGCCCAUUUGCUUCAGCGUACGAGCGCCACUUGGAGGCCCACAUGCGCUCACACACAGGAGAAAAACCGUACAAAUGUGACAUCUGCUCCUUCCGCUGCAGUGACCGCAGCAACCUGUCGCACCACCGCCGCCGCCGCCACAAGCUCUUGCCCACCAGGGCCGUCCGUUCUUCUUUCUCCAACAAAAGAAUAUUGAGCUCCCUGCAGAAGAGGACCGGCUCGCUGGGCUUCAGCAGGCGACUGCUCAUCAACUACAACCCUCCCUCCACGGGGAUGCCAAAGUCGGAUUGUCUAAAUGACUUGUCUUACAAGAUCCACCAUCAUAUGCAUACCGGUGAUCCCAAGAACUAUCCCAUGGUCGAUGAGAAUGACAGUUGCAAAAGAGAUGCUAAUGGUUUGACUUUUAAUAACCCACUGGACCAGCUGUCUACACUUGCUGGUCAGUUAGCCAACCUCCAUCCCGAGUCUCAGACCCCUGCAUCCCCAGACAGGGAGUCAUUCAAGGACGAGAAGCCCAUUCUCAUACAACAAGUCUCCAGUGAACACGUAGCCAUGUGUUCAAAUGAGGUGCAGACUUUACCACUUAAAAAUGAGUCUCCCACCUCGGGCCACGGGAGUUGCAGUCCAGCUCCCGGCCUCGGCUUUGAGAACAGCGUGAACACUGUUACUGCGAGUGUCAGCAACAGCAGGACGAGCACACCCACCCCGGCCCCGACCACAGCCGACCAACAGCUCUUAAAUAAAUGCCAGCACUGUGAUAUUCAAUUUCUGGAUAACAUCCUCUACACCAUUCACAUGGGCUGUCAUGGCUACGAACACCCAUUCCAGUGCAACAUCUGUGGUCACAUGUGCAUAGACAAAUACAACUUUUCGUGCCAUUUUGCCCGCGGACAACAUAAAAAGUGAUUACGAGCACCAUACGGUGUGUUUGCUCCUUGUGUUUGCAGCAUAUUUUCUGCACAGCAUCUUAACAUGUUCACCCUGAUUUUAUAUAUUUAAUCAUUUUAUUUUGUACAGUUUCCCUGUUUUAUUUAUAAUGUGAUGUGGCCCAAGUAGUAUAAUAUACAGUAUUAAAUGUUUUGAAUGAUUAGCCUCGGAGUGAUACAUACGAACGGUGGAGAAAGCGACUCAUCCAUCUUGAAUACUUCUAGGCUAAUGUAGAUGUUUGUGUUAAGAGACAUGAUCCCGGAGACAUUAUUUAUUAUAUUUAGAUAAAACGCUAACAGUAUUUUAACACCACACGUUAUGAACUUCACCAGAUCAGUAUUUAUCUUGGGAUUGUUAACAUUUUUCCAUCAUCUGUACACAACCUGUGAUUGAACACCAAAGUCUUAGUCUCAGUUAAAUUGGCUGGACACAUUUUGCUGUGAGAGAUUUAAGUGAGAUGUGUAAUAACUGUUGGUUUGAUUGGGUCAUUUUCUUUUAAAGGUUUGUGUACAACCAAACUAAUUAUAAUCCUGCAGUUGUGUACUGUACUUCUGUCACUCCAUUAAACAAUUGUACGUUUACAAACCAA